UUGCUCAUCCUACCACCAACUACACGAAUCCUAAUUGCUUUUCAAUUUCACUUGUAUAUGUGUGAUUUUCUUUCGAUUUGGGUUUGAUUUAGAUUUCCAAUUUCACCACUUCUACAAUUUGUUUCGGUCUUUGAUUUGGUAAUUGUUACAGUAUCGUUAGGUUCAUGUGAAUUCAGGAUCAGAAAAAAAACUGUAUGAUUAGAAAUGAGAGAGCUUCCACAAUACCACCACACUUCUCUCGCCAUCCACCAUAACAAACACUAAGCCUUGGUUUUACGAUUCAUCAUGCAACAAAACCCGAAGAAACAAUGAAAAAAUGAUUAUCCAUGAUGACAAGGGACUGCAAUUGUUUCUAUAAAAUCAUGGUUUCUGCUUCUUUCAAAAUAAACAUUCCAAAUUACUUUUGGACCACAAGAAAUAACAAUCUCUUUCAUGGCAAAAUACAUAAAAGCUACUAUAUUUUGGUCUUUUUUGUACACAACUAUAUGAAUAUGAUGUUUCUUCAAAUCAAAUCACUGCUCUAUCUAUCCUCGAUCCUCAUUACAGUUUUUUUUGCUGUUCAAAUUGAUUUAUGAAUGGUUAAAUCAGUCAACCAAAUUCCAUUCCGAUUUGAACCAAACCAAGUUACAAUUUGAUUAUCAAAACAUUUUAAUAUAAACCAAGACAAAUGCUAAAACCUAUAGCCUUGCAACUCAGGUGAGACUAUAUUUUGUAAAUUUACAAUGAUUAAUUUUUUUUUUUUUUAAUUUUCUAAUAAAAAGGAUUUAUAUGUAGGAUUUUAUGGUAAAGGACGAAGCAAUUCAUACAAACCAUUCAUCUUCCGACCACUACAGGGAUAAUAUUUUUUUUUUUAUUGUUUAUAAAUUUGAGCAGGUUUUAACAAUUUAAGCAAUACAUUUUCGUUUCUUUUUCAGUGAUAAAGGGUAAUUUCGGAAUACAAAAUUCACCAACGGAUUCCAUUCUAAAAUCCGAAUGGCAAAAUUACUUCUUUGGCAACACUUUUGGAAGCGAGUUGAAACCGUAGAUAAAUUUGAAGAUUUUUCAAAAUCUUUCAUAGACGAGGAAGAUGAAGAAGGGAACCUCCCACCCCAGUUUGCACAAACCAGAAUGGAAUUAACCCCUUUUUGUCAACAUCAAAUAAUCACUAACUCUGUUCAAGAACAUGGUGUGGAUUUUAGUAAAGCCAUUCAAGUACCUUUUAUCUCUCAAUGCCCAACAGAAUAUCAAAAACUCAGUCUACCAAAUUCGGGGCAUUUUCGUCUUUUCAGGGUUUGUAUACAUGAACCAUUAUGGCGCGGCUUCGAUAACCGAUCAUUUCUCAUUUCAUCCUUCGUCGACCCUUAGCAUUGCACGAGAAAACCCUAGUUUUCUACGAUGGUAAACUGGAGGAUCAGGCAAGAAUGGGAGGAAUACGAUCUCCAAAGCUCAUAUGCUAACAAUCCAUCUAUGUUCUCGAUACGAUUGAACUAUGGUGGAGUUUUGACGAAGUUUCCAGGCCGCAAAUACAUAAAGGGGAAGAUGAAAUUUAUUGAUGGCAUUGAUAAUGACUUGUUCUCGGUGCAUGAUAUGGAUGAGAUAAUGGAGUUGUUUGAUUGUGUGGAACCAGGUAAGAGUAUUUACUACCAUUUCAAACAACCAACCUGGGAUUUAGAUUUUGGGUUGUAUGCUUUGGGCUGUGACGAAGAUAUAAACCACUUUAGGUCAUACGUUUAUGAACACAAGAUGAUAGAAGUGUAUACAGAGUUUUGGGAAACCAAGCUGCAUACAUAUCAAAUGUCCCCAAACCCUGCAAAGAUAAAGAUACACGAAAUUCCUGAGUCCCUUUGUCGUAAAAGGUUGUUAUGGACAUAGUCAAAUUCAGGGGAUGGUCCUAGUGAAGAAGCCCCUGUUUUUGAGAAUGUAGAAAAUAUGGACCAACCCCCUAGUACAUUACCUGAAACAAUCUUGGAACAACCCCCUGUUACAUUGAGUGAAACAGUUGAUUCAACCCCUGCCUAUUUACCAAGAAUUGAAAGCCCUUUGACUGAACCAAUGAUGGGAAGCACAUGUCCUAAUGUUGAUGUUUGGGAUGAUAUAUUUGAAUGGUGUGAACCUUUUGGUGGGACUCCUAUGGAACAAGAUGAACCAAAUAGUGCAAAAGCAGGUGAAGACAGUCAAGCUAGUAAAGACAUUCAUGAUAGUGAAGACAAUGAAGAUAGCGAAGACAGUCAAGAUAGUGAUUACAUAGUUGAUGAAGAUAAUUUGUUAGAUGAUCCAGAGGUUGAUAUGAAGAACUUUCACCUCAACAUUGACAAAGAGGUGGAGUGGGUUGGAAGUUUUCCUGAUGAUCGAGAUGAAGCAGUAAAAGGUGAUGAAGAAUUAGAGGUUAUAGACACUGAAGAAUUAGUAUAUGCAUCUUCAUCAGAUGAGGGUGAAGCUAGUAAAAAAAGGAAGAAGAUAAGAGAUUUACAAAGAGCACAUAAGAAUGAAGCAGCUGCUGUCAAAGAUCCAUUUUACAUCCACCAGACUUUUAGCACAACCAAGGAAGUUAAACAACAAAUUUAUCUUCAUUCCAUACAAAGUAGAAGGGAGUUAGAGUUCGUCAAGAAUGACAAAAACAGGAUUAGAGUGGUUUGUAAAGGGACAAUACCAAACCUUGGGAUAUUAGAAACAAGUGGGACCAGCAACAGUAAUGACAAAGUGGGACCAAAUCAAAAGAAAAAGAAAGUGAAAGAUGUUUCUAUUCAUAAAUGCCCAUGGGUCCUACUAGUGAGUAAGUGGAAAAAAGACAUUAAUUGGACUGUUAAGACCUAUGAAAAGCAACAUACAUAUCUUCAAACAAGGAAAAUUAGGGCGUGCAACUACAAGUUUCUCUCUGAACAGAUUAUUGACACAAUGGAGUCAAACCCAGAAAUACCACUUAGAGCAUUAUGUGAGAUGCUUGAGAAGAAAUACCAAGUUGGAUUGUCAGACAUGAAAGUUCAUAGGGUGAGAACGAAAGCCCUGGAAUCAAUUAGGGGAGAUUUUUACUGCUCAGUACUCGUGUCUAAGAGACUACUUACAGGAGGUCCAAAGCAGAAAUCCAAACACCACAGUCAAACUUCAAGUGCAAAGUGAACCAAGUUAUGCAUCUGAGACCAGGGUAUUUGAACGAGUAUACAUUUGUGUUGGUCCACUGAAAAGUGGAUUUGCAGCAGGGAAAAGAGAUUUACUAGGGCUUGAUGGUGCAUUCUUAAAGGGUCCAUACCAUGGUAUGAUCCUGACAGCAGUGGGUUUGGAUGGGAACAAAUGCACAUACCCUUUGGCAUAUGAAGUUGUUGAAGCAGAGAACUUUAAUUCAUGGACCUGGUUUUUAACUAACUUAGGAGAUAAUCUUGGUUUGUAUGCAAACUCCAACUUCACUUUCAUAUCAGACAGACAGAAGGGGUUAUUGCCUGCACUUGAGAAACUUUUCCCAGCAACAGAGCAUAGAUAUUGCCUAAGGCAUCUUCAUGAGAACAUGAAACGUAAAUGGAGGGGCAAGGAAUUCAAGGAUUGUCUUUGGCCUUGUGCAACAUGUACCACCAUACCACAAUUCAACAGUGCCAUGGAAGAGCUAAAGAAACUUAACAGUGAAGCAUAUAACUAGCUUAAUUCUAUUCCACCUAAGCACUGGGAGGGCACAUUGUGAUGCUUUGUUGAAUAAUAUGUGUGAGAGUUUAAAUAACAAGAUAGUGAAGGGUCGUGAUAAGCCAAUUAUCAGUUGCUUGGAGUUUAUUAGGGAGUAUAUCAUGAGGAAAAUUGUCAUGGUUCAAAAAGAAAUUGACAAAGUUAAUGGCCCAUUAACUCCUACAGCCACUAAGACCCUUCAAAAAAAUUAAAGAAAGGGCAAUACAAUGUAGGGCAGUGUUCUGUGGCAAUGGGAAGUACCAGGUUACAAGUGAAGGUACUAAUCAGUGUGUGGUUAAUAUGGACCAACAAACUUGUUCAUGUAACAGGUGGGAACUGACAGGCAUACCCUGCAAACAUAGUAUAGCAGCUAUAUGGGAUAUGAGGCUCAACAAUGAAAAUGUUGGAAUACCUGAGACAUGGGUUCACCCAACCUAUUGGCUCAAGACUUGGAAAGAAAUGUAUGUCUUCAAAGUUGAACCUAUUAAUGGGAGGUUUUUGUGGGAAAACAGCACAUGUCCUACCAAGUUGGUACCACCAAAGUAUCGUGUCCCUAUUGGCAGACCAAAAAAAAAGAGAAGAAGAUCUGCAACAGAAGAUGAUGGAGUAUCCACAAAAUGGAAAUCUGUAACAUGCACAAAAUGAGGAAAUUUGGGCCAUAAUGGAAGGACCUACAACGGACAAUCACAGGCUGGGAAUGGAACAGAAGAAGGUGCAGCAGGGAAUACAACAGGAGAAGGUGCAGUAGGUAGCAAUGGUGGUGUAACAAAAGGAGUUGGGAAGAAGGGAAAAAGCCCCAUGAUUUGAGAAUUUGUAGUUUGGUAUCAUGAUCAUGAAGGAUAACUGUGUUUUUGUUAGGCAUUUAUUGCCGUAUUACUUUGUUGUUAUGUUUUGUAUUUUGAUACUUUGUUGCUAUCUAGGAUAACUAUCUGUAUGCCAUAACACUAUGUUGCUAUUUUGGAUGUCCCUUUAUGUUAAUGGUAAAUGGUUAUCUUGGAUAUUUAAA